UCUGAGCGCGACCCCAGACUCUCCUUGCCCCCCCAUCAGAAUCAAGUUAGAUCUGUGUGGAGAUGGGGAUGCCUCGGUUCGCGAAGGGAGACACCCUGGAAGAGAAUGUGGUCCGUUCCCAGCGCAGCGACAAAGUGCCGUUGUUGGUUGUUCUACCUACUCUGUAUUUAUCGCCCCAUCUUCCUACAUCUUGCUUCUUUCUUCUUUUUGCUUAGAAACUUGGUUGGCAUUUCCUCCUCUCAGCGCCUGUCCUUCCUAUCCCGCUUACUCUUGUGCUUGACAUUGUCGUGUAUUUGCAACGUGAUACCCUUUUCCUCUCAGUUCCACGCAUUCCGCUCUCCUAAGCAACAUGGCGUCACCACAGAAGAUUCGUACCCCCAUCACCGACAUGUUCGGUAUUAAACAUCCCAUACUUCUUGCUGGCAUGAACGUCGCUGCCGGUCCCAAGCUAGCCGCUGCUGUCACGAAUGCUGGAGGGCUGGGUGUAAUAGGGGGAAUGUCCUAUAGUCCCGAUAUGUUAAAAGAGCAGAUUGACGAGAUGAAAUCCUACCUCAACGACAAGAAUGCGCCAUUCGGCAUCGAUCUGCUCCUUCCCCAGGUCGGUGGCAACGCCCGAAAAACGAAUUACGAUUACACCAAGGGCAAGUUAAAUGAGCUCAUCGACACCAUCAUCGAGUCGGGCGCCAAGCUGUUCGUCUCCGCUGUUGGUGUGCCACCCAAGGCCGUUGUCGAGAAACUACACAAGCAUGGCAUACUGUACAUGAACAUGGUUGGACACCCCAAGCAUGUCCAGAAGGCUUUGGAUAUCGGCUGUGAUAUUAUCUGCGCUCAGGGUGGCGAGGGUGGCGGCCACACCGGAGACGUUCCUACAACGGUCCUUAUCCCUGCUUGUGUUCAGAUUUGCAAGGGACAGAAGAGUCCCUUGACGGGCAAGCAAGUCGAGGUUAUUGCUGCUGGCGGCAUUCACAAUGGUCAAAUGCUUGCCGCAUCCCUCAUGAUGGGUGCUGGUGCUGUAUGGGUUGGCACCAGAUUCAUUCUGGCCGACGAGGCUGGUGCGCCCGAAUCACACAAGGAGUCGGUGCGCACUGCUGGCUUUAACGACACAAUUCGCACUCUCAUUUUCACCGGACGGCCCCUCCGAGUGCGUACGAAUGCCUACAUAGAGAACUGGGAGAACGAGCGUCGAGACGAACUGAAAGAGCUUACUUCGAAGGGAAUAUUGCCUUACGAAGCUGACCUAGAUAAGAUAGCUAAUGGUACCGGCGAGGGAAGCGGGUCUUCUGACGACGGAGCUAGCGAAGAUGAUGUCGAUGACCUUAUGGACCAGUUCCGGCCACACUUGAUGGGCAAGUGUGCAGCUUUGGUCAACGAGCAAAAGAGCGCUAAAGCUAUCGUCGACGAGUUCGUUGACGAUGCCUCAGAGGCGCUUAAAGCAGGCAGCCGGAUGACCGCCAAACUAUAGGCUACUAGAUUUCGCAUUGUUUUACAUCUAUACCCAAGUACUUGCAAGAAGACUGUGGCAGGGGAUCAAGUCUGGGAUAAACACCGGUGCUCUAAACGGUUGUCAUCGGUUGCAAUGUAUAUAAGGGCGAGCUCAUUAGCAUUGUGAUAGCUCAAUCCAUAAUAAUCAUUUAUCAAAUGAAGCUAGUGGAGAGCGAUACCUAUAUUCGUUUCGCUAUUACAAGAAAUGACGAGGGCUGCUAAGAGAUCGGUAUUGUAACCACCGGAACUGACCCACUUGGGGCCGGAACUUGCACCAACAUUUACCUGAGCUGCUACAUAUCCACGGCGAUGAGUGGAGCAAAGUGAAAUGGAAAUGAUGCGUACAGACACAUCAGGACGGCGGUUUACCAAGAGCGCAACUUGGAUAUAACGUAGAAGCAAAUCCAAUAAUCCUCCCCACUACCCAACUCGGUGAUGUGAUGUACGGUCCACGUUAUACACCUUUUGAUCUAGUACAAGAAGGGUGGCCAACUCUAAGUGGUAAGCUGUAUACACGAUCGACGCUAUCCUAUGCGACAACCGCCAGCCAUACCGAGAUAUGUAAGUGGG